CAGUUUGAUGUCUGUCGUUGCGGUGAAUGGCGUGCGCACUGAGGGUCCUAGCUCCGCCGCACGGACUUCCCGGCUCUUAAUAAUCAAGCAUAACAUAAUUUCUGCCUUUGUACUUGAAACGAAAAUUUCGUUUCUUCGUGUGUUGUCUCCUGUAUCUUGACGCACUUGUGGCUAACCGUGCUAAUAUUAACCAUCCUCGUGAAUAUCGAUUACAUUGAACGCACCUUAAAUCGAGCAUGGGACUCGAGUGAGCGUCAGUGUUCCCCUUGAAUGAUAUUUGUUGCAAUGACGGGCUGUUGUGCUUUCAAAACACAAAAACUGCUCAAGCUGAGUCUUUCUAUCAGUCCAGCGGCAUCAGUGUGCUGGCGAGUGGCGGCCACCAGACUUUGGAGCUCCUCAUCGUCCUCUUCGGGGGAGGAUGCGAGCGGAUCCUCAAUGCUGCGACACCUGACGUCCAAAAUCACAGCCACUGGGCCCAUUUCUGUGGCCGAAUACAUGAGGGAGGCACUCACCAAUCCCGUCAUGGGAUAUUAUGUGAAGAAGAACAUGCUGGGAGCCGAUGGGGACUUCAUCACAUCACCAGAGAUUAGUCAGAUCUUCGGAGAGCUGCUGGGAGUGUGGGUAGUCAGCGAGUGGAUGGCAGCGGGUCGGCCCAAACAGCUCCAGCUGGUGGAGCUCGGACCCGGAAAAGGAUCUUUGACCAGUGACAUUCUCAGAGUGUUUGCUCAGCUCCAGCCUGUGCUGAGUUCGGCUUCUGUGUCACUGCACCUGGUGGAGGUGAGUCCGGUUCUGAGUCGUCUGCAGGCGCAGAAUCUGGUCGGGACCAGCGACAGUGUUGAAGUCGAGCGGGAGAAUGAGCCCGUUUACAGGCAAGGCCGAACCGCCGCUGGCCUGCCGGUGUCCUGGUACCGUCGCUUGGAAGACGUUCCACCUGGUUUCAGCAUCUUUCUGGCUCAUGAAUUCUUUGACGCACUACCUAUACACAAGUUCCAGCGGACGAAGCGAGGCUGGCGUGAGGUGAUGGUGGAUGUGGACCCCGACCGGCCGGGCCGGCUGAGGUUUGUGGUGGCUCCUUCUCCCACCCUGGCGUCCACCACACUGGUGCAGUCUGACGAAAGUCGAGACCACGUGGAGGUUUGCGCCGAGGGUGGCGUCAUCAUCCAGCAGCUGGCGCGACGGGUGGCCCAGAACGGCGGGGCGGCGCUGAUCGCAGACUAUGGCCACGAUGGCACCAAGACGGACACCUUCCGGGGUUUCAAAGGUCACCAUCUCCAUGACGUCCUGGCAUCUCCCGGCUGUGCCGACCUCACGGCGGACGUGGAUUUCGGCUACGUGCGGCGCAUGGCGGGAACGGGUGUGGCCUGCUUGGGACCGGUGGCUCAGAGGACUUUCCUGAAGAACAUGGGCAUCGACGUACGCAUGCAGGUGUUGCUGAGGAACAGCAACCAGUCGGACAAGGAGCAACUGCUACGUAGCUACGAGACGCUGACGGACGGCGCAAAGAUGGGCGAGCGCUUCCUGUUCUUCGGCCUGCUGCACCCCAGCCGGCUGGCCCGGCCCAAGAUGGCCACCGGGCUCAAACUGGAGAAGAAGGCGCCGGCGCAGCCGCCUAUUGCCGGCUUCACCGAGAUCCGCUUCGCCUGACCCAACCCGAACCGGAACACAUUCAAAUAAGAAGCCGAAAAAUAAUAGAGUGAUGCGUUACCUGAGCGCAUCAGUCCGUUUUUCUUCAUUAGGAGGAGAGGUGGCUAUUCCAGGACUGGUCGCUACUCAAACAUAUAGACAAACAAUGGACUGGUUGCUAAUCAAUGAACACUGCUGUGUUUUUUUCUUCUUUUUAAUUCCCAAAUGGUAUUUAGGGCUGCGCAUGGCAAGUAUGUUGCAUCUGAGUUUGGAUUCUGGGGGGGCUCCUUGCAAAAACGUCUCCCCGGAUUGCAAAUGUUUGAGAAGCCCGUCUUGGGGGCUAGGAGUCCUGCUGAUCCUCCUGGUCCUGACGAUCCAGUGAGGGUGUGGUUGCGCGUUGCCGCCUUCUGUUGCCACCCAAAUCUUCCCAGUGUGCGUCGUCGCUCUGGUGGGUGAUGUAACGCUCGCCGUGUCGCGUCUCCAAGUCGCGAAGGUCCUUCCAGGUGUCGAAGUCCUAGAGGACCGGAUGCUAGUCUGACUCGAUCCGGAUAGCGCAAGCCUGUUUUUUUUUCUUUCUUUUUUUCCUUUAAGCUUGUGGCUUACCUGCAGCCACGGGUGACUGAGGGACUUGUCCACACUGUAGCGCUUUCUCAACUUCACCUGCAGCAGGUUGUUGAUCAGGUCCGUCGCUAUGGAGUCAAGACCAGCGGCAUCUGAUUCAAAAGCUGAACUGACAUUUUUUGGACACUCAUGUGCAUGACUGAGCAAACUUUUCUGCUCCAAGAGCCACAUUAGAUUUUUUUUUUUUAAGUGACCGAUCAACCCUCUCUCAUCAAAUGAAAUUUUGUAUGAAAAACAAUUUAUUUUAGGAGUAAACAAUGAUUCAUUCUCUUUUUAUUUUGAAUGACUAUAAUUAUGAUUAGUCAACCAAUCAUUCAAUAAAAUAUAUAU